CUACUCAGUCAACAUCAGUUAACCGAGAGAAUCAACAGUCAAAAUGAAAAUUUUCUUCUUAUUAGCUACUUUAUUUGUGCUUUUCCAACUUUACGCAGCUUCAGAUUACAACGCCCGACCACGUUACGAUUUUAAAUACGGAGUGGAAGAUGAUCACACCGAUGAUCGCAAACAACAGGAAGAACGUCGUGAUGGUGGAUUAACCAAAGGAAGUUAUGAACGUCAACAGAAGAAUGUUUAUCAGAGAUUGCGUUAUGUUGUUGAUUCGCAAAAACGUUAUUAAAUCAUCAAUUUUGUGUCAAUAGAUUCUAAGAUUAUUUUAUGUUUUUUUGUGAGAGAGGUGAAAGGAAAUAAAAGGAUUUUUUAACAUUAAAACUUAAUUUUGUGUUCUUUUAUAUCAACUUGAAUAUACAUUUUUAAUUCGUUUUCAUGAAUCAUUAAAUAAAUAAUGUACUAA